GAAGGAGAGCAAAACCCUGUGUCUCUCUUUGUUCUUCUAUCUAGUCUCUACUCUCGCCCUGCAGGUAGGGUGAUAGAAAAAGGAAAGUAUGAUCUCAGAAAAAGAGAGAGUGAUAAUGGAAGAGCUUGUGAAGGGCCAGGAAGCUGCUACCCAACUCAAGGGUCUUUUAGAAAACCCCAUUGGGAGUGAAGACUCUCUCUCACUCUCACCAGAGGAACUCUUGGAGAAUGUGCUCUCAUCUUUCUCACAAGCUAUUUCUAUCAUCAACGUCUCUUCUUUCCAACCACCACCUCCUCCUCCUGCACCUCACGUUCUCGGUUCCACCAGUUAUUCAAUGUCUGAAGAUUGCAGUGUAAAUUGGAACAGAUCCGAACAGGGUCAAAGCGAUGAAAGAGAUAGCCACAGUAUAAGUGUAAAUUGGAACAGAUCCCAACAGGAUCGAAGAGGUAGCUACAAAAGGAAGGGGAAGGGUGCACCGACACGGACCGAAUUCUCAAACACCACUGACGACGGUUAUGUAUGGAGGAAGUAUGGAGAAAAGCCAUUUCCGAAUUCUAAAUUUAUUCGGAGUUACUUCAGAUGCACUUACGGUUACGGGCAUGAUCAACGUUGUAUGGCAACCAAACAGGUGCAGCAAUGUGAAGAGAAUCCUGAUAUGUACGAAAUAACGUACAUUGGCAACCACACAUGCAAUGCCAAUCUCCCCACUAGGAAUGAUGAAAGAUUGCAUGAAGGAUCAGAUCACGAAAUGCAGAAUCGGGAGAAUGAUAGCUUAUAUAGUCAAUUUCGAGGAAAACAGAAGAUAAUUGAUUCUGAAAGCUCAUGGUCCUUAUUAACUUCAAGUUCUGACAGAAACACUGAUACAACAUUGUCAAAUUCACACGAUUAUUCUGGCCCCUCGUGAAUUUAUCAUGUUUAUAGUUUUCGUUAAUUACUGUAAGUUAAUGUAUUUUGGUUUUUGAUUUCAAUACUCGUGAGAACUGAAAUUAUGAAUGAGAGGAAACAUAUAGAAUUAUAUAUCUUAAUAUUGGGCAUGUAGUUUAUUUAACUAUAAUGUAUCAAUAAGAAAAUAACAUUUUGUUGACAUUUCA